AUGAAACGCACAUACGACACAAUAGAAAACGGUCAUAAUGCCAAUGCUAGAGGCAAUGCUGUCAUUGAAGGUGUCGUUAUCGUUGUAACGCAAAUUUCCGAUAGUCAAGGUGAUAAGCGAGGAAAGUAUUGGACAGCAUUAAUUUGUGAUACAAAUCAAAAUGUGAUUCGUAUAACAAAAUAUUUGUCAUCGAAAACAAAAUGUUCACUACGUGAAAAAAUGCUUCAAUAUUAUAAGAAUAAAAAUGGAGUUAAAUUAAAUAAACUUAAAUUAAAUGGUGAUGAUAAUUACAUUGCUACAUAUGAAACUACUUCAACUUCAAUACUCAUAUCGUUUACACCUAUAUGUAUGGAACUCAUUUCAAUUGAAAACAUUCAAUCGAUGUCCGACGGACAGUAUGUUUCAUUCACGUGUAAAAUAAUUGACAUCGGUCCGGAUGAACCAAUAAUUUUCAAUAACGGAGGAAAAAGAGUUCAAAAAUUGAAAAGACUUUCAAUCGUUGCUGACAAAACUGGUUCUAUUAACAUGAAUAUAUGGCAAAACCAAUUCGAGUCAAUAAAACAAAAUCUAUCGUAUACAAUAAAAUUGGCUAAAGUUAAAGUUUUUAACGAUGAAAUAACUGUCACAACUACAACAAAUACGACGUGUGAACUAGUUGAUGAUAUUCAAGACAUUAAUUGUUCCGACUCUUUUCAAAUUCCACAUGAAAUAACAACAAUAUGUAAUAUCAGAUCAAUUGCACUCAUUGAAAGUCGUCCCAAAUGUUCAAAAUGUUAUUCAAGUCAAAUCGACAAUAACGGAAAAACUAUCAAAUGUCUGUCAUGCAAAUCAAGAACUAUAUGUCCGAAACAGAAUAUUGAUCAAACCCAAAUUCAAUUGACUAUUACUAAUGAAGAUCAUCACCAAUUUGAACUUAUUGUUGAUAUAGGAAAAAUUCGAGAUCUAUUACUACAACUGAAUUAUAAACAACUUGCUGAACAAAAUUUAGUUGAAGACGAAAACGUUCUAUUAGUUUUGUCUUCAGUAGACCUUUCAUUUACUUUUAAUCCGCAAAGCAAACAUAUAAAUAGUAUUGCUAUUACUCAUGUUCCCAAUUAA